CACACCCAUACACAGACUUCCUCUCCUUCCUUCCCUCUCUCUCUGUCUCUCCCUCUCUCUCUCUCUCUCUCUCUCUCUCUACAAGUCUUUGUGACUUUGUCUGUUUGGCUUUCCAUUAAAUCUUUCAAUCAACCCAAGUCUUCUUCAAGCUCAGUCUGUAUCGAUAUACAGAGCACUCUGUAUUUCUUCUGUUCUCUUCUUUUUCACCAUCUUCUUCCAAAAAAGUUUUCUGAAUCUUUAAGUAAACCAAAAUGACGAAACAGAAUGUGUUGGUUUCCGAAGCUCAAUCAGCAAUCAACAUGGCGAUUACUGUAGCCGUUUCAAACUCUUCGAUUUUCACAACGGCGGCUCAGAAACCGCCGCCGGCCCAUGGAGGUUACUUCUCCAUUUCGAGAAAUAAGUUGUUGAAGAACCUCGAGAUUAAUAAUAAUGGUGGAACAAGAACCAACGGUUGGAUUGACUCAAUGAGAGCUUCAUCUCCGACCCAUAUCAAAUCCACACCUUCUCUAACCGAUGAACAAAGUUCCUGGAUUCUUCAUCAUCCAUCAGCUUUGGACAUGUUUGAGCAAAUUAUAGCUGCUUCGAAAGGAAAGCAAAUAGUCAUGUUUUUGGACUACGACGGCACACUUUCCCCAAUAGUUGAAGACCCUGAUCGAGCUUUUAUGUCUGAUGCGAUGAGAAAAACAGUGAAAAAACUCGCUAGAUGUUUCCCCACAGCUAUAGUGAGUGGAAGGUGCAGAGAUAAGGUGUAUAGCUUUGUACGAUUGGCAGAGCUGUACUAUGCCGGAAGCCAUGGCAUGGACAUUAAAGGACCAGCAAAAGGUUCCAAAUACAAAAAAGGCAAUCAAGGUGUUCUUUUCCAAGCAGCCAGUGAAUUUCUUCCAAUGAUCGAUGAGGUUUACAAACAAUUAGUUGAGAAAACCAUGUCAAUCCCAGGAGCUAAAGUUGAGAAUAACAAGUUCUGUGUCUCUGUGCAUUAUCGUUGUGUUGAGGAAAAGAAAUGGAAUGAACUGGCUCUUCAAGUUAGAUCAGUACUGAAGGAGUAUCCAAAGCUUAGACUUAGCUCAGGAAGAAAGGUGUUAGAAAUUCGUCCAACAAUCAAAUGGGACAAAGGGAAAGCUCUUGAAUUUUUGUUGGAGUCACUUGGAUUCGCCAACUGUACAGAUGUUUUUCCCGUUUAUAUUGGUGAUGAUAAAACGGAUGAAGAUGCAUUUAAGAUAUUAAGAGACAGAGGACAAGGUUUUGGCAUUCUUGUGUCUAAAUUUCCAAAGGACACCAGCGCAUCUUAUUCUUUGCAGGAACCUACUGAGGUUAUGAACUUUCUGCAAAAAUUGGUGGAGUAUAAACGACGGUCGUUAAGGGGGUAGGCCAUGGUGUAAAGAGUAGAUGAUAUAGAGAAUAUGCACCACCCUUUCCUAUAGAUUAAUGUUUUAAGGGUGGAACCAGAUUAUGUAAUUUGUUGUUAUUAUUAUUAUUAUUAUUCAGGAUUUAAGGGACAAGAAAAAGGAAAACAUAAAAAAAAAAAAAAAAACAAAAUUGUUCCAGCUUUUUCUUGGCCUCAAGGCCUUGUACAUCUUGUAACUAUUAGUGUGCAAGGAAAAAGUAAUUAAUGAAAUAUUGCAAAGUUUUCUAAUUGGCA